GGACGCGCGCGCCUGCUUUCCGGUGGUCGCGGCCGCGGGGAAGGGCUGCCGCUGUCUCGGGGGUGGGGGGCCCGGCGCGCUGACCGCCCUUUCCCGCCCAUCCCCGGUUUCCGCGGGGCCGGCUGCCCGCGGCUCUUGCGCGACGCUUCCUGGCCCCGCCGCCGGCCCAGGGCGCUGGAGGCCGGAGUCCCCGGGCCUGUGCCAGGUCGGCUCACUGCGCUGGCGGAUGAGCGACCCGGGCGGCGGGGCCUGAGCUCGGCCCGGGGCCCUCAGGGCUGGCUGCUUGUGGGAUGGACACCCCGGAAGAGGUGGUCUGGGCCAAUGGGAGCACAGCCCUGCCCCCACCCAUGGCACCCAACAUCAGUGUGCCGCAUCGCUGUCUGCUGCUGCUCUACGAGGAUAUCGGCACCUCCAGGGUCCGGUACUGGGACCUCUUGCUGCUCAUCCCCAAUGUGCUCUUCUUCAUCUUCCUGCUCUGGAAGCUUCCAUUCGCUCGGGCCAAGAUCCGUGUCACCUCCAGCCCCAUUUUUAUCACCUUCUAUAUCCUGGUGUUCGUGGUGGCGCUGGUGGGCAUCGCCCGGGCCGUGGUGUCCAUGACAGUCAGCACCUCGGAUGCUGCGACUGUUGCUGAUAAGAUCCUGUGGGAGAUUACCCGCUUCUUCCUGUUGGCCAUCGAGCUGAGUGUGGUCAUCCUGGGCCUUGCCUUCGGUCACCUGGAGAGCAAGUCAAGCAUCAAGCGGGUGCUGGCCAUCACCACGGUGCUGUCCCUGGCCUACUCUGUCACCCAGGGGACACUGGAGAUCCUGUACCCUGAUGCCCACCUGUCUGCUGAGGACUUCAACAUCUACGGGCAUGGGGGCCGCCAGUUCUGGCUGGUCAGCUCCUGUUUCUUCUUCCUGGUCUACUCUCUGGUGGUCAUGCUCCCCAAGACCCCGCUGAAGGAGCGCAUCUCCCUGCCGUCGCGAAGGAGCUUCUACGUGUAUGCGGCUAUCCUGGCACUGCUCAACCUGCUGCAGGGACUGGGAAGCGCGCUGCUCUGCGCAGACAUCAUCGAGGGGCUGUGCUGUGUAGAUGCCACCACAUUUCUCUACUUCAGCUUCUUUGCGCCCCUCAUCUACGUGGCCUUCCUCCGGGGCUUCUUUGGCUCGGAGCCCAAGAUCCUCUUCUCCUACAAAUGCCAAGUGGACGAGACUGAGGAACCGGACAUGCACCUGCCCCAGCCCUAUGCUGUGGCCCGGCGGGAGGGCCUGGAGACAGCAGGAGCUGCCAGCACCCAGUUUGACUCUGCUGGUGGGGUGGCCUACCUGGACGACAUUGCUUCCAUGCCCUGCCACACUGGCAGCAUCAAUAGCACAGACAGUGAGCGCUGGAAGGCUAUCAAUACCUAAGUGUGGCCACCAUGGCUGGAAGGCCUGCGGGGGCUUGUGGAGGGCAGGCUGAGUGUGAAGCCCCUGGUGAGGAGGACGAGGUCAUGGGACCUUCUGUGGGCAGGAGCCCACGCCAGCCCUGUCUUGCCCUCUGUGCUCCCAGGUGUCUUUAGCCACCUCUGCUCUAGCUGGGGGCUGCCUCCGCCUUCCACCUUCCUUCCACCUGUUGUCUCCCUGCUCAGCAACGUGGCCCACACACUGAUCUCCCAGGGCCAGGCCUGGCUAGGCCAGCUGAGGGCACCUCCUUUCUCCAAAGCCUGGGCACCCAGGACUGCUCUGGCCCUUCUCACCCUUCUGCCUCCUCCCCGUGGCGCUUUGGCCUCCUCAAAGCCCACUCUGGCAGGUGGGCUGAAGUGUGUAUAUUUUCUUGACCUAUUUUUAAAUAAAAAACAAAAGGAGCAGGAGGUGCAGCUGUGGAGGUUCUGCAGGAAUACUCAGGCCAGUUCCUCUUGGGAACCUGAGCGCUGGGGCGAGAAUAGGCAAUGAUCAGAGGUCCAGACAGGUCCCUUUGCAUCCUGAGCCCUGGGAGGCUCUGGGCUCCUUCGUUUGCUCAGUGGAGGAACCCUGGCCCGUGCACAGGCCCCAGGCUGGCUGCUGGGGAAGUGGCGGGGGAGGGCAGUUGGAUUCCAGGGCUCCCAUCUCCUGGGCCCCGUUGGAGCAGACAAGAUGGAUGUGUAAAGUGAACCACGGUUCUGUGAGCUGCCGUCUACCCACCCUGUUGGGGAGCCUGGGGUUUGGAGUGAGCCCUGCAGGUCCCACCCUUUCUCUGCACCUUCAGCUCUGCCCUCCUGGACAGGCCGCUUCCCCACCCCAGCUCCAGCUCGCCAUCUGUAACAUGGGGACGAGAAGGCGUGUCUUGCGGGGGCUGGUGUAAAGACUUUAGAAGUAGCAGGAGUUGCUGCAGAUGCGAAUGGGACAGUAGUGAUAACACUAUUGUGUUUGGCCCCUAGAGUCAAGCUUGCCACAUGAUAGGCACUCAGAAGGUAGGAUGACAGGGACUGACAUAGUAAGAAUCGGGAUAAGCUAAAAAUGGGCCUAAGCCAGAAAAAAGCGAGCUGCAAACAAGAGGAGGGAGGUGUCAUGUGCCCCAUGUUGCUGCCACUGUAGCUCAGCUCGGCCUUGAGUCUUUGGGUAGCUGGAGAAGAAGGGAGGUGCCAGGUAUGUCAUUCCCACCGCCAGAGACGAAGAGGUCUCAGGGUCACGAGGCUGCUGAGGGUCAGGCCUGGCACCCGCCUUCAAUGCCAGCCCUCUUUUGCGGCAGAAUGUGAAGGGCACCAGCUCCAAGGCGGCUCGUGACUGUGGGGCCCGUGUGCCAUGCUCCCCAGCAUCCGGGGCCCAGAGGCCUGUCAAUGGGCACAGGCAAGACCAAGUGCAAAGGCACAGGCAGGUUGCUGGGCCCCCCUCCCCCUGGGCCCACUGGGACCAUGGGGCCACCAAGAGUUUCCUUCUCAGAGCAUUCCCGGAAGCCUGGUGGGUGGGGGCAGGAGGCCCGCAGGGCAUUCCCAGCAGGGCAAGUGUUGGCCAGAUGGGGAGGACUGGACAGGCCAGUCCAGAGCUUCACUCAGUACCAGCAGCCGUGGACACUUAUGUCACCCGAGAGGCAGUGCCUGAGCAAACAGCCGUGUCAACGGGGAGGCCCCAGUAGGAGAAAAGAGGCUAGGAGCCUGCUACUUUUUGUUCUGAUCUUAAAGUUGUUUUUUAAUAAGUAAUAUGUACAUGGCAAAAAAAGAAGUUCGUGCGGGGAGGUAUACGUUGGGAUGUGGAUAUCUGCCCUGCCCUGACAUUCAUUCAGUUGUUCCACCCCCUGCCCCAGAAGCAUCCACAGGUGCCUGUGUGUGUUCACACGUGUACGUAUAUUACUCCUGUUCUGGGAGUGUAGAUGUUCUGUAGAUUUUUUUUCUUCACUUGACACUUGAUCUUGGGAUCAUUCUGUGUCAGGUAGCAGAGCUGCUGCGCUCCGCUCCGGCAGCUGCAUACAUUAUGGAUAUAUGGCAAUUUAGUUAACCAGUCCCCUCGGGAUGGACUUUUGUUCCUGAUACAUUUUGCAACAACAGACCAUGCAGUGACAAAAAUCCUUAUAAAUAUGCUUUUGGUAACUCAUGCACGUGGAAUUACUGGAGCAUACAGUCUUAAUUAGUUUUAAUUAGUCUCACAGUGUUCUGGCGGAGGCUAAUAGCUGUCCUCCAAUGUGUCCUCCUUUUCUUCCAUUGUAAUAGAAUCCCUGAUUUUUUUUAAAGCUGGGUACACAGCUUCCUGGAACAAGACUACAUUUUCCAGUGAUCCCUGCAGGUGGGUGUGUCCGUGUGACUAAGUUCUGGCCAAUGGGAUGCAAGCAUGCAUGUGACUUCCUUAUGGAGGAUGGACAGGCUCUGUCCUUCCUGCUGCCCAGGAUGUGGUUGCAUCGGCUGGCAUCAGAGCAGCCAUCUGGAAUCAGAGUGACUUGGGCAUGGAAGCCUCUCAUGGAAGUGCAACAAGAUUGAAGGAGCCCAUACCCUGACCCUGGUGCAUCCACGAUAGCCUUGGACUUUCAAUACCUCAGGAUGACUUUUUGAAGACGAGUGAGAAAUAAAUGUCUACUUUGUUGAAA